AUGGCUCAACCGCUUUUGCUUUUAUGUUGUUAUAUAAUUCGGGACGAUUUUGGUCCAAUUAUUGAGGAAGUAGCCAAGGUAUUAUUACAGAAAGGUCGACUUCCAUUAGUAUCCAUAUCUAAAUUUUCAAAACAAAAUUUAUCAAAAACUCGCGAAUGCCUCUUCGUACUAAUUCAACACAAUCUGGUAUAUUGGGCUGAAACUAGAGAGGGAUCACGUAAUUCGAUUCAUUAUUCUAUUGAACAAAGUGAGAUCUUAGCGAGACUUAAUUUCGGAAUUUAUGUAAAAUAUGCGAAUGAAUGGGCUAGGCAUAGGGGGGCUGAUGAAAUAACUCAUUAUAUGCUGUUAACUGGUAAAGGAACCUUCACAGGAUUUAUCGAAGAUCGAAAUAUAUCAAAAAGAACAAAUAAAUACAAAGAGUUGAAAGAGACGUUUAAUAAAAUGGUUGAAAAACGUUAUCUUACAACUGUAAAGAUAACAGAUUCAAAGUCUGCUCAGGAUAAAGCAUCAGAGGCUGAACAACGCGAAUUAGCAAAAGUCACUAACUUUAUUCCUACAAAAAAACAAAUGGCUGAAGUGAAAGCUAAGCUCGCGGCUGUAGCCGAUGAUGACAACGUUUCGACAGGAUCGAAACGUAAAAUUAAUUUUGAAAAUAUUGAAAAUAUUGAAAGACCUACUAAGCAACAAAAAGGAGAUGAUUCGGCUGAUGAAAAUCAAUUUUUUCGGGUGAACUAUGACAAAUUUAAUGCUAAAUCGAGAAAUAGGCAAAUUGUUGAAUUUGUUAAAACUCGUAUUAAUCAAUCAGCAAGUAUUAUAACAAAAGUUAUCCUUGACAUCGCAGAUGAUGAAAAACCAAGCGACAUCGAAUCACGCGCAAUAUCAGCACAAAGAAUUAUUAGGAGUGUCCCAGUCGAAAAGACUGAUUUAUUUAAUCAGCAAAUGCAAAGUGCGAGAAGAGGAGUAACUCGUGAAAUAUUAAUCAAACAAUAUUUAGAUUAUCUUAUGGAAAAUGAUGAUGCAAAUAUAUUACGUAAGAAAGAUGAAAAUACGGGUGGAAAUUAUACAAUUCGAUAUCAUGAAGUUUGUGAAUCAUUGAAAAAAGAAAUUUUUGAGGAUGUUAUUAUGGAAAAAUAUGGGUUUAAGGGAAUGAGAAUUGUUAGAAUAUUAUGUGAAAAGGGCAAAUUAGAUGAAAAGGCGAUUAUUAAUUUAGCUUUAAUGAAUCCUUUGGAAGUUCGACAAAAGUUGACAGAACUAACGACUGGUGGCUUUGUACAAAUACAAGAAGUUCCAAGAUCAGCAGAUCGUGCUCCCUCAAGAACAUUUUAUCUAUGGGAAGUAGAUUAUAAAAAAUGCUAUGAUGCAUUAUUGAAUUAUUAUUAUCGUACAUUGGCUAAUAUACAUCAAGUGAGAUUUGAUUAUGAAUCAGGUUCAUCAAGGCUUUUAGAAAAGAUAGAAAAAGAGGACGCAUUAAGGCAGUUAAAUAGGAGUUCCAAUAUUCUCUUGCUUAAUGAAACCGAAAGAAAGAAAUUACAGGAAUUGGAACAAAUAUUAACUCAAUUAGAUACUUCACGUCCACAAGUAAGAGAGUAUGCUUCCAAAUCAAAGAAAAGGAAAAAAGAAAAGAUCAUGACAGCAACGGCCAUUCCUUUAGUUGAUGCAGUUAAUGUACUCAAGGCACAUGAAACAACUUAUCCGAAUAGGACUUUAGAAUUACACGUAAAAACUAAAUUAGAAAAGGGAAAGGCGCCAAUUAGAGGCUCUAUAUCUUUACCAAAAUCGAUAGCUAAAAAAGUAUCAUGGAUGGUUUUCGCAAAGGGUACGAAAGCGGAAGAAGCCAAGGCUGCUGGAGCACAUGUAGUUGGUGCCGAAGAAUUAAUCGCGGAGAUUACGGAAGGAACUUUUAAUAUUGGAAAUAUUGAUAAAUGUUUAUCAACACCGGAGUUAUAUCCUUCAGUAACAAAAAUUGCUAGAAUCUUAGGACCAAAAAUGUUAAUGCCUAUGGCAAAAAGGGGUACAGUUACCGAUGAUAUUGCUGGUACUAUACAAAGAAUGGACGAUAAACAUAGUUUUAAUAGUGAUAAACUUGGUUGGGUUCAUACUGCAAAUACAGAUAAUAUUCAAGUUGUUUUGAGAGAGAUAGAUAGAAUUGGUAAAGAUCAAGGUAUUAAAAGUAGUAAAAAAGGUAUGAUAACGGGAUUUAUUGAAAAGAUUGCAAUAAAUCCAAAUAUGGGACAAUCUAUACAUUUACUUGAUUUUAAGGAUCUUUUGGAGACUCCUUCAAUUACAAGAUGA